CAAGAACGGUCACUCUAGGAAGCCGGCGUAAACAAAGCAAUACAAUUUGGUUAAAAGAUUAAAAUUGCUGAAAAUAUGAAACAAAAGGAUCUGAAACGUGCUUACAACAAUGUCCUGGCACAGGCUAUAUCCACCUCCCAUCAGUACCUAUUUGCGGGCAAUCUAUUUGGCGAUAUUUUCGUUCUCAGAAUAAAUGAACUGGACAAGGGUUCCGAGGAGCCACCUGGCAAACUGAAGAUCUUCCCACAGGGCAGCAAUGUGGAUAUCAAUUACCUGGUCUUCCAUCGCGAUUUCUUGAUAGUGGGUGCAGUGGGUCUUAUUUACGGAUUGAAAUGGAACGAGGAGGAGGAGUCCCUGGCCACCAAACGCUCCUGGGAGGUAAAGAUACCAAUGCAAGUGGAUGCCGUCGAGGUGCCGGAUGUGAACUCCAUGUGGCUGGACUCGGAAAACAGCAUCCUCUUCGCUGGCUGCGGUGACGGGGUGAUCCUACAAGUGAGUUUGGAGGAUGGACGCAUUCAGCGCGAGUUUCGGGGACACACGGACUACGUGCACAGUGUGGUGGGCAAUAGCAAAGGACAGAUCUUCUCUGGCGCCGAGGACGGCACUGUGCGGGUGUGGAGCACCAAGCAGCAGGAGCACACUGCUAUGCUGGAGCCUUACAAGAACCCAAAUCUGUUGCGGCCGGAUUGGGGCAAAUGGAUUGGAGCAGUGGCUGUCAACGAGGAUUGGCUGCUCUGCGGUGGUGGCCCCAAAGCAUCCAUUUUCCACCUGCGUUCUCUGGAGUGCACACGUGUCUUUGACUUUCCCGGACGCGUGCAUCUCUGUGAAUUUAUUGACGACUGUGUCUUAAUCGGUGGAGAGCACAAUCAUGUGCAGUCCUACACUCUAAAUGGAGUACUGCAAGCCAAUAUUCCCGUUGAGCACACUGCCUGCUACUCUGCUGUUUGGCAAACAUCGCCCAUCAAAUUAAUGUCCAUUGCCGGUUUCAGCAACAAGUUGCACAUCCUUAAGGAUUUCCGCUUUCUCGACAGCAAGAUUGAUCUGUAUGGCAAUGUACAGGGUGAAGAAAACGAACCGGAGGAAGAUGACGAACUGAUUGAGGAACCCCUGACAAUUGAGGCGGCAUGAAGGUUUAAUAAAUUUGUUCUUUAAUUACAUUA